UUUUUAUUUGAUGUUUAACAGACUUUUUUUGUCUGGUGUGUAAUUACAAAACAAAAAUGAAACGUAGUCCGUCUCUGUUUGGGGACCAUAAAGUACAUCUCUCCGCUCGCAAACACGCACUCACACACACACACACACACACACACACACACACACAUGAACUAAUGUAUAAAGGUGAAUUGCGUCUGCGAUAUGACAUAGUGGCGACAAACUGUUAGGUUGAGAAUAAUACUUCGAAUAGUAAUAAUAAUUACCUUUUGAACAAUUGAUUUUUAACGGUCCGGAAAGAGGAAAGUUUAAUGAUCCUUUGAGAGACGCACUGGGUGUCCCAAUCCGAAUAAUAACGACGAUUAAUUAAAAUACGCUGACGAAUGCCGUACGCACAUUUGGGUCGUUGUAUAUAAGGUGGAGUUAUCUUCCGGAAACGAUCACAUGUUUUCGCGCAGUAGACGGGUGAGCACCGAAGCUCUAAACAUGAUACGUAUCAAUAAAUUUACCCUGUUAUUGGUGAUGGUGUGUUCGUGUUGCGUGACCAGUAUCAAGCUGGACGAGCUCAAGAACGAUAAAAAUCAGCUGGGUAAGAGCGGCGGCAGUAGCAUACCGUCCACGAGGGCCGCCUCCAGACCCUCGUCCGGCGACCGCGACGGCGCUCCGGGACCGAUGGCUAAGCACGCCGUCAACAAAUCGUCGGCGGACGGUGAGGAGACGACGUCGAAGACGAGAGCUGUGCCGGCGGACGCUCAGCCGAGCGCCCUAAAGAGCACGAUGAGUGAAAAACGGGCGGAUAAGUGUAAGGAGAAGUGUCCGGCCAACAUCAAAGAGUGUUGCCGAAACGCCAUAGCAGAAAAGAGUUGCCACAACGCCACCGAUGACCCCGUAUCAUAUUUUGUCAACCCAAGCUAUCCAAAUGAAGACUGGGACUCUUCUUUUUGCGACUUCCGUGUGGAUAUCAAGAACAGAAAUGUGUGUCAACUGAGAUUGGACCUGGAAGAGUUUUCGUUGAGGGGACCACACAAGUACUUGGGUAGUUGUCGACAAGACCGUCUAAUCAUAUCUACCACAUUGCCGAAUGGCAUUGGAAUAACCGAAUUGUGCGGAAAUAACACCGGUCAACACUUGUAUUUCCCGGUUGACCCUAAAGCUGGUGGCUCGUCUGUAGCACUCAUGAUGAUGACGUCGCAGUCUUCAAGAUAUUCGUGGAAGGUGCGUAUCACCCAAAUCGACUGCCUUGCCGAUCCUCAGUCCGUCGCGCCUACCGGAUGUCUACAAUACCAUACCAGCCUCAGCGGCACCAUACAGAGCUUCAACUACGCAGGCGGUAUGUACCAAUCAGGACUUGACUACGCGGUGUGUAUCAAACGGUCGGUGAACACUUGUCGGGUCGAAUUCCAGCAGGUGCCCGGCUCUACGUUCGGUAUAAACUCUAUGGAAGGACCGUCGCUCGAAGAAGGCAUCGGACGGGCGGGAGAAGUGAGUUGUGAUCUCGUUACACAUGACUACUUGCACAUUCCCGGAGGUAUGUUGGACAUUGGCGAGGAGAUAUUAGCGGCUACUGGAAACGUGGAGGUGUAUACGCCGACGGCGGAAAAAUUCUGCGGACGGAGUUUGUCAGGCCUUGCCAUUCAGGAAUUUGCAGAAAAAAUCAAAAUAAACGACCCUCUGGGCGCACAGGACAACAACACAAUUGCAACUCCGGUGACGUCUUAUGCAUCUGGACCGAUCAUAGUCAGAUUCCAUACGGACAGUGUAACCGUCAAAGAAAGAGACAUUGGAUUCUCGAUCGCCUACCAACAACUCGGCACAGGCUGCAACAAGAACAAAAUCAGACGAUGAUUUCUGAGUUCCUCUCUUUAUUGCGUGUUCAAAAUAUAAUUUAUUGGCGAUCAGAUAUAAUCUAUAAUAUACGUGUAUAUAUAAAUAUUUUAAUAAUUUAUU